AGGUCUUCCAAACCCACACAGAAAUCAUGGUCAAACGCAAGGCGGAAGCCAGCAGUGCCCAGGUGGACGACGCGUUUCUGCCGCUUCUACAGGAGGAGUACAAAGGCAAGAAAUUGACCGAUGCCAUCAACACAGUCGACGACAAAUGGCAGCUCUUGCCUGCAUUCUUGAAGGUGAAGGGGUUGGUGAAGCAGCACUUGGACUCGUUCAAUUUCUUCGUGGACGUGGACUUGAAGAAAAUCAUCAAGGCUAACGAGCUCGUGUUGUCGGACGUGGACCCGCAGUUCUACUUGAAAUACUUAGAUAUCCGUGUAGGCCACAAGCUGACCCUGGCUCCAGGAACCAAGGAAGUGAUCAUGGCUCCUCACGAGUGUAGACUACGUGACUUGACGUACUCGGCGCCCAUCUACGUCGAUGUUGAGUAUACCCGGGGCAGGAAAAUCAUCAUGUACAAGGACUUGGAGAUCGGGCGCAUGCCCAUCAUGUUGCGCUCCAACAAGUGUGUGUUGGACGGCUUGAGUGACCAGCAGAUGGCGAAGUUCGAGGAGUGCCCCAUCGACCCCGGCGGCUAUUUUGUGGUCAACGGAACGGAAAAGGUGAUAUUGAUCCAGGAGCAGCUUUCCAAAAACAGAAUCAUCGUGGAGGCCGACGACAAAAAGGGCAUCGUGCAGGCGUCCGUGACCUCGUCAACGCACGAGCGGAAGUCCAAGACGUACGUGAUUGCAAAGAACGACAAGAUCUACCUCAAGCACAACUCUAUUGCCGAGGACGUGCCCAUCGUCAUUUUCUUGAAAGCGGCUGGAAUCACCUCUGACCUUGAGAUCUUGCAGUUAGUGUGCGGCCCCAACUCGCAGUACCAGGACUUGUUUGCCAUCAACUUCGAGGAGGCGGCCAAGCUCGAGAUCUUCACGCAGCAGCAGGCGCUUCUCUAUAUUGGCAGACGGGUGAAAACCAUCCGUCGUGCCGGGGCGCCCAAGCUCUCGCAAGUUCAGGAAGGUAUCGAGGCCAUUGCCACCACUGUGGUGGCGCAUUUGACGGUGUCAGAUCUCAAUUUCCGGGAGAAGGCCUUAUACACGGCCACCAUGGCCCGCAAGGUUUUGAUGACCAUGCACGACUCCUCCAUGGUCGACGACAGAGACUACGUGGGUAACAAGCGGUUGGAGUUGGCCGGCCAGUUGAUGUCGUUGCUUUUCGAGGACUUGUUCAAGAAGUUCAACUCGGACUUCAAGCUCAACAUCGACAAGAUCUUGAAGAAGCCCGGCAAGACGUCCGAGUUCGAUGCGUUGUUGUCGAUCAACAUCCACUCCAACAACAUCUCCAUGGGCAUGAACCGCGCCAUUUCCACGGGCAACUGGUCCUUGAAGCGGUUUAAGAUGGAAAGGGCCGGUGUCACCCACGUGUUGUCGAGAUUGUCCUAUAUCUCCGCGUUGGGAAUGAUGACCAGAAUCUCGUCUCAGUUCGAGAAAUCGAGAAAAGUCUCGGGUCCCAGAGCCUUGCAGCCGUCGCAGUUUGGUAUGUUGUGCACAUCCGAUACCCCUGAGGGUGAGGCGUGUGGUUUAGUGAAGAACUUGGCCUUGAUGACACAUAUCACUACCGACGACGAGGAGGCUCCCAUCAAACGCUUGUGUUUCCUCUUGGGUUGCGAAGAUAUCAUGAGCGUUGACUCCGCUAGCAUUUACGCCGAGGGGAACUUUGGAGUUUUCUUGAACGGUACAAUGAUCGGCGUCACGCGGUUCCCCGUCAAGUUCGUCCGCGAUUUCCGUGCCUUGAGAAGAACGGGCCGCUUUUCCGAGUUUGUGUCCAUUUUCACCAACACCCACCAGGCAGCCGUUCACAUUGCCACAGACGGAGGAAGAGUGUGUCGUCCGCUUAUCAUUGUGGACCCCAAGACGGGGAACCCCAAGGUGGAGGCACACCACUUACAGAAACUAAUAGGCGGAGAAUGGGCGUUCGACGACUUCUUGAAACACGGCCUCGUUGAGUAUUUGGAUGUCAACGAAGAAAACGACUCCUUGAUUGCAUUAUACGAAAAGAACAUGGAAGAAAGCCCGAACCUCCGAUUCACCCAUUUGGAAAUCGAACCUUUCACUGUCCUCGGGGCAGUCGCUGGCUUGAUUCCCUACCCACACCACAAUCAGUCGCCCAGAAACACAUAUCAGUGUGCUAUGGGUAAGCAAGCAAUUGGUGCUAUUGCAUACAACCAGUUCCGCAGAAUCGACACGUUACUUUACUUCAUGGUCUAUCCUCAGCAGCCGAUGGUCAAGACCAAAACCAUCGAGUUGAUUGACUAUGACAAACUACCGGCUGGACAAAACGCCACCGUCGCUGUCAUGUCGUACUCUGGAUACGAUAUUGAGGAUGCUUUGGUGUUGAACAAGGCCUCGCUCGACAGGGGUUUCGGGAGAUGUCAAGUCGUGCGUAAAAACACAAUCCAACUUAAGAGAUACCCCAAUCAUACAAAAGACAUUGUGGGUGGUAUGAGAGUUGAUGAGAAGGGUGAGCCUAUCUUUGCCCAUGCUGCCUUGGGACCAGAUGGUUUGGGAGAAGUUGGAAUGAGAGUCGAAAACGGUCAAGUCUACGCCAAUAAGCAAGUGCCCACCAACGCCGGUGAGUCUGUUCUUGGUGAGCACAACCAGAUGCAAAGCGCAGAAUCACACAGAGAAACCCCAGCAUAUUACAAGGGCCCCGAGCCUUCAUAUGUUGAUCAGGUCAUGAUGUCUGUCAGCGACAACGAUCAGGCGCUCAUCAAGGUUCUUUUGAGACAAACCAGACGCCCCGAGCUUGGAGACAAGUUUUCGUCUCGACACGGACAGAAGGGUGUCUGUGGUAUCAUUGUUCAACAAGAAGAUUUGCCUUUCAAUGACGGCGGCGUGUGCCCAGAUAUCAUCAUGAACCCACACGGUUUCCCAUCUCGUAUGACUGUUGGAAAAAUGAUCGAAUUGAUUUCAGGAAAGGCUGGUGUGUUGAACGGCUCACUCGAGUACGGCACAUGCUUCGGCGGUUCCAAAUUGGAGGAAAUGUCGCAGAUUCUUGUGGACAAGGGAUUCAACUACUCGGGUAAAGACAUGUUGUAUUCCGGUAUCACCGGUGAGUGUUUGCAAGCAUACAUCUUCUUUGGCCCAAUCUACUACCAGAAAUUAAAGCAUAUGGUGUUGGAUAAAAUGCACGCCAGAGCCAGAGGACCAAGGGCUGUUCUCACGAGACAGCCUACCGAGGGUAGAUCGAGAGAUGGUGGUUUGAGAUUGGGAGAGAUGGAGAGAGACUGUGUGAUCGCCUAUGGUGCUUCGCAGCUUUUGCUUGAAAGAUUGAUGAUUUCCUCCGAUGCAUUCGAGGUCGACGUGUGCAACAACUGUGGCUUGAUGGGCUACAGCUCUUGGUGUAACACGUGUAAGAGCUCGGAGCACGUCAUCAAAAUGACGAUUCCCUAUGCUGCCAAGUUGUUGUUCCAAGAACUUUUGUCCAUGAACAUUGCUCCACGUUUGAAGUUAGGAGAUGUAUUUUAGCUUUUGUACAAUAAUUAAUUGAACAGAUAUGGGUUCAGAGACUGUCAUUUGAACGAAGUUUAUGUGAAGGCGUUUGGGCAGGAUGUACGACAAACCGUAACAUAUAGUUUCACUAUAUACUUGGUGCAUCAAUCCAGAAAGCGAGCCUGUGCUCUCAAAAACAACAUGGAAAGUU